AUGAAUUCAUCAAGAAGAUGUGCGGGCUGUAAGUAUUUAAGGAGGAGAUGCCCUUCGGAUUGCAUUCUUUCACCCUAUUUUCCUCCAAAUAAUCCUCAAAGGUUUUAUUAUGUCCACAAAAUCUAUGGUACUAGCAAUGUUGCCAAGAUGCUUCAGCAAGUUCCAGUGCACCUAAGGGCUGAAGCUGCAAACGCCAUGUACUACGAAGCUUAUUGUCGGAUCAAAGAUCCUGUUUAUGGAUGUGUUGGAAUCAUAACAUCCUUAAACCAUCAAAUUUGUGAAGCGCAACGCGAAAUUUCGAAAAUUCAAGCAGAGAUUGCUGUUCUUAGCAGCGUCGAUGCUCAAAUUUCAGGAUUUCCAAAUGAGCAAGUUGGAUUAGUUGGAAUUGAUGUUGCACCAUCAAACUAUCUAGACAACUCUUUGGCUGGAAUUGGAAUUGGAAAUGUUCCCUUUUCAUCUACAUAUGACCCUUUCGCGUCCCCGUUUUACUAGGAUUUCUACAGUUUCUUGGUUGUAAUAAUCAGUUUGAAGUUCUACUCGAUUAAAUUGUUAUGAAAUGGCA